CUGCUAUUUUUAAACAACUGCAGCAAACAUUCCAUUGAAAUUUAAGUGUUAAUUCUAUGAGUUUUAUAGCAGACUUUAUUAUCAAACACUUACAUUAAUUUUUAUCUGCGUCUAGAUUUAAACAUUUAUUUAUUGUAACAGGAAACUUCGGCCCGAAACUUCAUUUUAAGCCAUGAGUCUUACAGAAAUCAGUGAGAAUACAAGGACUGGGCGUGAAAGUGCCUUACUUGGUGACUAUGAAACGGCAAUGGUCUAUUACCAAGGUGUUAUUCAGCAAAUACAUCGUCUGAUGGGCACAAUAAAAGAACCUGAAAGAAAAAAGAUGUGGAAUCAGCUGAAGAUGGAAAUUGUCAAAGAGUAUGAACAGGUUCAAGAAAUUAAUAAAACUUUACAGUCUUUUAAAGUAGAAUCAGGUCAUGGUUCUAAUGGAGCUUAUAGUGCUUUUGGUGGCUAUGAUCGGGGAUUCAACCAAGACUUCCAGGAACCUACCAGAGAUCCUGAUGUGUGGCCACCACCUACUCCUGUAGAGCAAAGGCCAUCUCCUAACAUAAGAGGGCAGCACAAGCCUACACAGUACAAAAGUUCAGUCAAUGGUAGACCUGGCUCUCGGCCAGUCCAAGGUCAAAGCAAACCAUCAGCCUCAGUGACACCAAAGGGUAGAGGGGCUCCCAGUGGUAGAGAGGGAAGUGCUAAAGGAAAGAAAGGAGAACCAACGGAUGAGAAAAAGUUUGACCCACAAGGCCAUGACAAAGAUCUAGUAGAGCAUCUAGAGAGAGACAUUUUACAAAAAAAUCCUAAUGUUCAUUGGGAUGACAUUGCUAGUUUAACAGAAGCUAAGAAACUUUUGGAAGAGGCUGUUGUCUUACCACUCAUUGUACCAGAUUUUUUCAAGGGUAUCAGGAGACCAUGGAAGGGUGUACUCAUGGUGGGCCCCCCUGGAACAGGUAAAACCUUGCUGGCCAAGGCAGUGGCUACAGAGUGUGGAACAACAUUUUUCAAUGUAUCUACAUCCAGUCUUACGUCCAAGUGGCAUGGGGAGUCAGAGAAACUUGUCAGGCUUUUGUUUGAAAUGGCACGUUUCUAUGCACCAAGUACAGUGUUCAUAGAUGAAAUUGAUUCUAUCUGCUCAAAACGAGGCUCAGGAUCUGAGCACGAAGCAAGUCGCAGAGUGAAGUCUGAAAUCCUUGUACAAAUGGAUGGUGUGAGUAGUGUCAAUGAAAGUGAAGAUGCAACCAAAACUGUUAUGGUUUUAGCUGCCACAAACUUUCCUUGGGAUUUAGAUGAAGCACUAAGAAGAAGAUUGGAGAAAAGGAUUUACAUCCCUUUACCUGAUGCGCUUGGUCGACGACAACUAUUAGAUAUUAAUUUGAAAGAUGUCGAGAAAGCAGAAGGCUUGAACCUGAAUGAAAUUGCUGACUUGCUAGAUGGCUACUCAGGAGCAGAUAUUACAUGUGUUUGUAGAGAUGCUGCCAUGAUGUCAUUCCGACGUAGAAUAGCUGGCCUUCGACCAGAAGAAAUCAGAAAUAUCCCUAAAAAUGAGCUGACUUUGCCGACCACAAUGGAAGAUUUUCUGGAAGCCAUUAAGAAAGUGAGCAAGAGUGUCUCCCAAGAAGACCUUGAAAAAUACAAGAAGUGGAUGGAAGAGUUCGGCUCUGUUUAAAACUUGCCAUCUCUCUUGAUUCAGUUUCUGCAGAGAAUUAUAAUUCUGUUUUGUUUUUUUUUGCUUCAAUGUCCCAAGACAAAAUGGCACUGUGUUGGAAGCAAAAAAUAAAAUGAAAGAAUGAACUGAAGUUAAAAAUGUUUUGCAAGUUUUUACCUGGUGGAGGAUUUAGGUGAAUUAGAAUUUAGUUUGUGGCAUGGGUAGUUCAUUCACUUACUUGAAUGCAACUCUUCACUAUGAUUUGAGAUUAUUGAUUUAUUCUGAUAUGAGACUUGAUUCCCUCUGAUUUAAGAUUCUUGAUUUACUCUUAUUGACACUUUUGACGUCAAUCUGAUUUGAGACUCUUUAUUCACUCUGAUUUGAAUUUUUUAUUAGUUAUCAUGACAUUGUUAAUUUAUUUCAUCCACAUAAUGUUGAUGCCAUGUCAGUUUUGUAAUUGCUGACAACACUUAUAUCUCUAUUUGCUGAUUUGUUUUUUUUUUUUUUUUGCUAUUAAGCUUAAAUUUGGCAGGUGCUUAAAAUUUCUAGUUAUUAUCUCUGAGAGACAUUGGCAAGAUUUUGUACUUUUAAUUAAUAGUAACAAUUGUCUCUGAAUUCUGCAGAUAUUUGCUAAUGGUAUUUUAUACAUUGCUAGUGCAUUUUCUCAGUUUGAAUGUUGCUCAUAUGUUUCAAUGACUGUCUUGCUCAGGUUUGUUUUGUUUGUAAAUUGAAUGACAUUGAAGUAAUUAUUAUUAAAAUCCAACUGUUGAAGGUUGUAGUUGUACUUGACAUUUAAAAAUAUUUUUUUUUGUUGAUGAAGUAAUAUGUUGGUUUAAAAGUAAGUUUUGCUGAAACCCAAUGUUAUUAAGCUAUAAAUUUGGCUUACUAAUAUAUAUUGUCUUGGUUUUAUAGCUCUGAUCAGUAGCCAGUUCCAUAUUUUACUGUUUCAAGUCAAUCUAAUGGUUAGACUUUUUUUAAAGAGAAGGAAUUAAAAAAAAAAAAAACUUCGUAUCUGUUGUGUUCACAACAUAACUAUAAUUGCAGAAACACAAAGUCAGGUGGUUGUUGUUUGGUACAUGUGUUUUGUAUCCAAUCUGUAGCUACCAGUAGGAUUAUACCAAUCAGAACAUUCAAAGAUUUGUGUUUUGUCCUUUACCAUGUAACUACUUCUGAAUCAGAAAAUAGAAAAUGUAACAAUUGUUAGAUCAAAGCAGGAAAGUUGAAAAGCUUGUUUUUAUAAACAGCUUUAUAUUUUUGAUAGAAUUGAUGAUUAUGUUAUCAUUGAGUUUAAUGAACAAUUUAUUAUCAGUAAUUUCAUCUAUAGCUGUCAGUAUGUGCAGUACCCAAGAAAUUGAUGUAACAUUUUGUACAAUACUUUCAAUAUUUAUUAAUAUUAAGAUAAAGAUUGCAAUCUUUAAAGUAAACAUCAGUGAUUGAAAUGUUACCUAGUUCUUCCUUUGUAGCUUAGAAGGAGCACAAUUUCAAAUGGCUGGGGAAACCAAUCUGGUGAAAACAUUCAGGGCUGAAGAGGUUGGGUUUAACUUAGCUAGUUCUGAGUUUCUUUUCCCUUGUUUUAAACAAUCCUACACUAGGCUCUCUCCUUAGCUCCAACACUUUGGAUAACUGACUAAAAGCUUUGAACUUCUCAUGGAAUAAUGUUUGAUCUUUAAACCUGCUGACAGUACUACAAAUGUUAUCACUAAAAAGAAAGUUGAUGUAUUGCUAUAUAAUGAUACUGAUCAGUAAUGGAAAGUCUAAACUGAACACAAGUGCUGUAGUUUGGGUGGGGGAAGGGGGAUCCAAGGUCCUCCCCGGGCCCCCACUUGUGGCGGGCCGCGCCCCCCCCCCCCCAAUAAGUGUCCAAAAUUUGUAUUUACAUUAAAUAUUACACCAUCAUGUUGAAUGUAAAAUUGCAUGGGGCCCCCUCCACCGUGCCCCCAUAUUAGCUAUGCCACUGCUGAACACUCUUUUUAGUAUUUAAUACCAUUAAAUUCAUCCUUUGAUCUGAUUGAUCAGUUUCUUACUGACUUGAUUCUCUUAGAAUGUUUGCCUUACAAAUAGCUUGCCUCUCAAUGGUUAGUAAGAAUUAAAAACAAACGUGUUGCUUUAUAUUUCCCCAGAGUUCAUUUGUUAAUAAGAGAAAACAAAUAUUUCCAUUCCUCUGUCUGAUGUAUUGUAAAGUCUGGCAGUCUGCUGGCUAACAUGACAUAUGUUUUUCAUGGGUCUAUAAGAAUGCACAUUUUUUAAAAUUACUUUUAUCCUUGAACGAUUGUAAAAUGAACAGACAUUAAAGAGAUCACUAUGAACA